AGUCUGUGGACGUGUUCUUGUUGGUGGUUCUGGGCUCAGGAAAGAUCAUGGUUGUGACUGAGAACGUGGAACAGCUCAUAGGACACUCACCAUAUGACCUGAUGGGGCAGCCCAUAGACUUCCUAGUGCACCCAAAGGACCAGGAGAAGGUGCAUUCUUACCUCAAACUGCCAGAAGAUGGAAGUACAGAGCCGGUGUACAAGUUGUUCCAGUGUCGGAUGUCAGAACGGAGUUUGUCUCGAACAGAACCCGGAAGAUAUGUCCCAAUGCUGGUCAAGGGCUACUUUAGAAAGGUGUCAUCCAACUUCAGUAGACGGGUCCGACCUCGGUUUUCACAUCCCUCAGGUGGAGACGAGGAAGCAUCAGGCAAGACCCCUUUGUCGACGCCAUCAGCGCCAUCUUCCUCGUCAUCCACGUCGACGUCGUCGUCAGUGUCGGUGUCGGUGUCGGCAAGUGACGACUGGGCCCUGGUGGCAGUUGUCAGCCCUGUCAAGAGUUUCUAUGAGGACCAUAUCCCACUCAUGUAUGCCAGCCACGACCAGUACAGAACCCGGCAUUCCAUUGAUGGAACCAUGAUUGAAAUCGACCAAAGGCUCCUGAUAUCCACUGUAGCAGGAUACUCAGUCCAAGAAGUCCUCAACAUGAAUGCCUUCAACUACAUUUAUGAAGAAGAUGCUACCUACACUCAAUUGCUGUUCAAGAGA